AUGCUCGCGGGGGCGGAAAUCGUGCCCGGCAGCGACGCCGAGAUCGUGGCGUCCCACUGCACCAAGGACCUCAGCUGGCUCCAGCCGUCCAUCGACUCGCUCGCGAUUCUCGGCACCAAGGUGAUCGACGUGCACAUCUACUCCAAGUGCGGCCUCGCGCCGAUUGGCGCCCCUGCGGGCGCGCACCCGACGCCGCUUCCACCGCCCUCGGCCCGCAAAACCCUCUCUUGGUCGCACGCAGCCUUCACCAGCUGCGCCCACCUGCACACGCUGCCCAACUUGGGCCGCAACGAUCAAGUCUACGCCGAGUACCUCGCGACGCGGCACCACAGCCUUCCGGGGCAGGUCUUCUUCCUCAAGGACAGCUCCUUCCACUACGGCGGGCACGACUUCAAGAAGUACGAGCGGUCGGCGGCGUUCGUGCUCCGAAACUACAAGGAGAAACACACGCAGCGGCUCCGCGGGGGCGCUCCCGUCAACGCCACCUUCAACUCGCCCACCCAGUCGAUCGGCGCGUGGCUGGCGUCGGUGCUGUCACAGCCGACGUACAGCGAGCUCCGCGCUCGCGAGGUGUGGCCGGUCUGCUACGGCGGCAGCUUUGCGGCGCGUCGCGAGCAGAUUCUGCGCGUGUCGGCGGCCGACUGGGCCGCGCUGGCCAAGUCCCUCAGCCGCGCGGACAACCUCGAGGAGGGCCACUACAUGGAGCGCUCGUGGGCGGCGCUCCUCAGCCCGCCCCUGCCAACCAACGUCGCCAGACAGCUGCUGUGCCACCCGGCGGUCAAGAAGGCGCCGUACAGCGGCAUGCUCCUCGCUACGGCAGGCUAGAACGGAGAUGGGUAGGCGAGCAUUGUUUUACCGUGGUCAAGCCCUGGGGCUGGACACGGGGGCGGCUCUGCGGACUGCCUGCGCGCCGCGCUUGAGCGUUGCUUGAGGCGCUGCGCCUUCUUGAGCUUCUAACCGCUAGCUGCGAGACGUGCGAGUGCGACUCCUGUGGACCCCGGCCUGUGCGGCCAGACCGAGACCCGAGAAACCCGAGUGCCGAGACCGCGCGGCACCGCGCUAUUACGGCUCUUUUAUCGAUUAUCCGCUCUGCCGGUAUUUC